AAAAACAACAACAACAAAAAUAACCUGAUGCUCCAGUUCUGACAGUGAAUGCUGCCUACCGGCAUGCAGAGCUGUGAGUGAGGAGCAGCAUCUUUUUUUUUUUUUUUUUUUUUUUUUUUUUUUUAAUUAUUUUUGUAAGCGAGGAGGAAAAACCAAACAAGCAAAAAAGGACCUCUGAUCCGAGUGCCAAAGUAGGGGAGAUGUGUCACUGACCGGGCUGCGUGGUACUUGCUGCCUACUGCGUGAUCGCUUGCUCUCUAAGUAAAAUGAGACACAGAGCUGUUGCUGAGACGAGUGGGAACAGCACUUUGAUUUGCUGGUUUAAUUAAAAAAAAUGAUAAAGGACUGAAGGAAAAGGUGGAUGUGGACCACAAGUUACAAACCCAGACACACCUGGAAAAGGAGGACGAGAAGAAUUAAAUCUAGAAAAGCCCAGCGGAGAUAAACGAAUGUCCCCACACCUCCAAAGGAAAGUUCAUCGAAUUUUUACUCUAGAGAUCUCAUCUUCAGGAUGUCAUUGAACACUUCCAGUACAGGAAAAGGUGUGGAUCCAAACACAGUUGACACUUACGACAGUGGCGAUGAUUGGGAAAUCGGUGUUGGGAAUUUAAUAAUUGAUCUGGACGCAGAUUUGGAGAAGGACAGACAAAAAUUUGAGAUGAGUAAUUCUACCAAUACCACCAGCAGCAGCAGCACCAGCUCCAAGGAUUGUGGGGCUCUGGCUUCCAGUGGGGCUAAUACUACCUCAGCCUUAGCUGAUGGCCUAAAAUUUGCUUCUGUUCAGCCCUCCGCUCCCCACGGGAAUUCCUCUCACAAAGAGACUACUAAAUCAAAAGUGAAAAGGAGUAAAACUUCUAAGGAUUCUAAUAAAUCUCUGCCUUCUGCUGCCUUGUAUGGGAUUCCUGAGAUCGGCAGUGCUGGCAAAAGGCAGGAAGUCCAAGGGCGCCCUGGAGAGGCAACUGGCAUGAAUUCAGCACUGGGUCAAAGCGUGAGCGGUAACCCAAACGGCAAUAAUAACAGCACCAGCAGCACCACCGCCAUUGCCUCUUCUGGGAAAAACAAGGAAGAGAAACCAUGUAAAAACCAGGGCAGCCGAGGCGCCAAGCGGGAUAAAGAUGCGGGGAAGUCCCGGAAGGACAAGCAGCACGACGUGCAGCUGGGCCCCCCCAGCGGCCCUGGACAGGGCCCCUCCGGGCACCUUUAUGGCUACGGGUCCAAGGGCGGUGGGGGGAGCGGCAGCUCCUUCCACUGCACCGCUGCCGCUGGGGAAGUUAGCAAAGGCGCCCCGGAUUCAGGGUUAAUGGGGAACUCUAUAUUGGUAAAAAAGGAAGAGGAGGAGGAAGAGAGCCACAGGCGAGUCAAGAAAUUGAAGACAGAAAAGGUUGAUCCCCUGUUUACAGUGCCUGCACCUCCACCUCCAAUUUCCAGCAGUAUCACACCUCAGAUUCUGCCUUCCUACUUUUCUCCAUCUUCAUCCAAUAUUGCAGCACCAGUUGAGCAGCUUUUGGUACGGACUCGUUCAGUGGGUGUAAAUACUUACGAAGUCGGAGUAGUAACAGAACCCGAAUGCCUUGGACCCUGUGAGCCUGGGACCAGCGUGAACUUGGAAGGAAUUGUGUGGCAUGAAACUGAAGAAGGUGUCCUGGUGGUAAACGUUACGUGGAGGAACAAGACUUACGUGGGAACGCUGCUGGACUGCACAAAGCAUGACUGGGCCCCUCCCAGGUUUUGUGAAUCUCCAACAAGUGACCUGGAAAUGCGAGGAGGAAGGGGUAGGGGGAAGCGGGCAAGGUCUGCUGCAACUGUGGCUAUACCUGGAAAUGAUACAAGUUUCACUGAGUCUAGGGGACUUCAGAGUAAGAAUCGAGGUGGUGCUAAUGGAAAGGGAAGGAGGGGUAGCCUUAACUCAAGUGGACGCAGGACACCCCCAAAUUGCUCUGUGGAUGAAGUCAAAGCCAGCCCCUCAUCAACAAACAAGAGAAAAACUAAGCCUCCUAUGGAGCUAGACUUAAACUCCAGUUCAGAGGACAGUAAGUGUGGAAAACGUGUUCGUACUAACUCCAGGAGCACUCCAACCACCCCACAGGGGAAACCAGAGGCUACUUUUUUGGACCAAGGCUGCUCUUCUCCGGUGCUGAUUGACUGUCCUCACCCCAACUGCAACAAAAAGUACAAGCACAUUAAUGGACUACGAUACCAUCAGGCUCAUGCACAUUUAGACCCAGAAAACAAACUGGAGUUUGAGCCUGACAGCGAGGACAAAAUUUCAGACUGUGAGGAACCAUUGAGUAAUGCGGCACUUGAAUGCAGUGAAGCAAGCACAAAUUUGCCAGGCUUUGAUCCACUAAAAGCACCAACAUCUCCUUCCUCUGUUACUACCCCAGGGACCCCCAAGGGAAAAAGGGAACCGACCAGCAAUGGCACCAGUUCAGUUAUCAGUUGCAAAACUGGCAAGAAUUCAGGCAAAAAGAAGGGUCUGAACAGUGAACUGAACAGCCUUCCAGUAAUUUCUAACAUGUCAGCCACACUGGAUAAUUGCUCUGUAACAGAUGGCAAUUUGCAAACUGAAAUGCCAAAACUGGAGGCCGAAGGGUUAAUAGACAAGAAGAGUUUGAGUGAUAAAGGCAAGAAAGCUAAUAACUGCAAAGUGGAUAAAAACAUUUCCAAACUGAAAACAGCCCGGCCCAUUGCCCCAACGCCAGCACCGGCUCCUCCCCAGUUAAUAGCUAUACCUUCUACAGCCUUUACAACCAGCACUACAGGGACAAUACCAGGACUGCCCUCUCUAACAACUACUGUUGUUCAGGCUACACCAAAGAGCCCUCCGCUAAAACCUAUUCAACCAAAGCCCACAAUUAUGGGAGAGCCAAGCACUGUAAACCCAGCUCUCACAUCACUCAAAGACAAAAAGAAAAGGGAGAAGCGUAAGCUAAAGGACAAAGAAAGCAAAGAGAGUGGAAGCCCUAAAAUGGAUUCUAAGCUGGGAAAGCUAGAGGAUUCAAAAGGGUCUGGGAAAGAUUUAUCUGGACAUUUUUUAAAGGACCAUCUCAAUAAGAAUGAAGUGUUAGCUAAUGGACUUUCUGAGUCUCAAGAGAGCAGGAUGGCAAGUAUUAAGGCUGAAGCUGAUAAGGUUUACACAUUCACAGACAAUGCGCCCAGCCCUUCUAUAGGGAGUGCCUCCAGGAUGGAAUGCAGCACUUUGGUGAAUGGACAAUCUUCAAUGGCGCCACUGCAUGUGUUAACACAAAAUGGUGCGGACAGCGCUGCUGCCAAAACCAACAGCCCUGCUUACUCUGAUAUUUCUGAUGCAGCUGAUGAUGGUGGCUCUGACAGCCGGUCAGAGGGUGUGAGGUCAAAGGCCAGCUCUCCUUCAGAUAUCAUUUCUAAUAAGGACAGUGUUGUAAAAGUACAUUCUUCAACCGCAUCACAGUCAGCACAAGCGAAAGAGUCCCAUUCUCCCUAUUACCAUGGCUACGAUCCUUAUUAUUCUCCAAGUUACAUGCAGUCUGGACAGGUCAGUGCCCCAGCAGCUGGAAACUGCAGUACCCCACAGGGACUGAAGAUCAAAAAAGAGGCAGAUGAAGAGGCUGAAAAGAAGGAGAAGGGGGAACCGUCAGAAGCCAAGAAGAAUGAAAGUGGUUCCUCUAAUUUGCAGCCACAACAUCAGUCAGUAAUAACACAAAGACACCCUGCACUUGCUCAGUCACUUUAUUAUGGACAGUAUGCCUAUGGGCUCUAUAUGGACCAAAAGUCCUUAAUGGCCUCUAACCCUGCUUACAGACAGCAGUAUGAAAAAUAUUAUGAGGACCAGCGGCUAGCAGAGCAGAAGUUGGUACAGACUGGGAGGGACUGUGAAAGGAAGAAUGAACCUCCGUUGAAGGAAAUUGGAAAGGAUGAUAAGCAGAAAAAUAUUCCGUCUGCAACUAUUUCAAAGGCUCCUUCAACUCCGGAGUUGAGCAAAAAUAACACUAAAAUAGGGUCUUUGGUCCCUAGCAAAGGUGAGGAGACAAGCAAAUCACAGAUCCUUUCCAAUCACCAGCAGCAGCUUCAGUCUGACAGUUUCAAAGCCAAACAAAUGGAAAACCAUCAGCUCAUAAAGGAGGCUGUGGAGAUGAAAUCUGUCAUGGACUCCAUGAAGCAAACGGGCGUAGAUCCAACUACAAGAUUUAAACAGGAUCCAGAUACACGAACAUGGCAUCAUUAUGUCUAUCAGCCUAAAUACCUUGAUCAGCAAAAAUCAGAAGAACUUGAUCGGGAUAAAAAGUUAAAAGAAGACAGCCCUAGAAAAACACCUAACAAGGAAAGUUCCCUGCCUAACCUUCCUGUCUCAUUAGCAAGCAUUAAAGAGGAGCCUAAAGAGGUCAAGCGUUCUGAUUCUCAAUCAGUGGAUGAGAGCAAGAUAAAAAAUGAUGAUCGAAAGACUCCUGUAAAUUGGAAGGACUCUCGAGGUGCUAGAGUAGCAGUUUCCUCACCAAUGAGUCAGCAUCAGUCAUAUAUCCAGUACUUGCAUGCUUAUCCUUAUCCACAGAUGUAUGAUCCCAACCAUCCAGCCUAUCGAGCAGUCUCUCCUGUCCUAAUGCACAGCUAUCCUGGGGCAUAUCUCUCUCCAGGAUUUCAUUACCCAGUUUAUGGGAAGGUGUCAGGGAGAGAAGAGGCGGAGAAAGUCAGUACCAGCCCAAGCAUCAAUACAAAAUCAACCACUGAGUCCAAAGCACUGGAUUUGCUCCAGCAGCAUGCCAGCCAGUAUCGCAGCAAGUCUCCUGUUCCCGUGGAAAAAUCGGCAGCUGACCGUGAACGGGAAGCAGAAAGGGAACGAGAUCGUCAUUCACCUUUUAGCCAGCGACAUCUCCACACACACCAUCACACACAUGUUGGAAUGGGUUACCCGCUUAUACCUGGACAAUAUGACCCAUUUCAAGGAUUGACCUCUGCUGCCCUUGUUGCCACUCAGCAGGUGGCUGCGCAGGCAUCUGCAUCUGGUAUGUUUCCUGCACAAAGAAGGGUGAAUUAAUGGAAGUUAGAGCUGUUUAUGAAGUCCAUUCCAUUUCUCCCGCCUUGUGAAUACUUAAUACAGAUGGAUGAAUUAAAGGUCCUCAGCAGACAAGCACACUUGGAGUUUUUAUAUUGCUAUGAUGAAUCUGCCAUUCAUAUUGCUAUAAUUGUUUUAUUUUUGUAGGCGUAAAAUCAGUUCACUUAGUGGCUAGUAGUAAGGCUUGUUGAUUUUUAAUAUACAUUAUUUGUCUGUGGCUAACUUACAUCUUGUUCUGAACACGUUCAUAAGGCUCACAGUGCUGACAUACCACAAACUAGUUUCAUCAGAAAUGGGCAGAAAAGGGUGCUUUUUUUGGAGAUGGGGAUAUUGUGAAUACAGAACUCCUGAAAAAUAAGUGCCUUAUGACUUCUAUAUUAAAAGCCUAGUUGGCUUUUGUACUGAGAUAUGCCAUUGAUUUCUUUUCUGUCUAGACUGCUAAUGCUUCUGCAGCAAAACAGAUCUUACAAAUUCACACCAUCUGUGAUUUUGAUUUGGUGUGGCUUAAUAUUGUGUUGUAGGUAACUGGAAUGAAUUACUCUGAUUGACGCAGGGUAAGCAGCAGCUAAAAUAAUAUUUAAUGUUAUAGCUUUAUUAUGUCCUUGAAAUCUGUAAGAGAGGCUUAUGGUCAUUGCCAUUUAUUGUCUUCCUCCACUAAGGUUAAUUUUUUCCCUCUAUCUUCAUAACUUUCCUUUUGAUUUAAUGCUUUCCACUUCCUUAAAAGCUGUGUAAUUGGUUCAGUACUCCUCAAAGCCAAAAGCUGUUCAGCUACGUGUCCAAGCUUGACAUGCAACUGCUGUAAUCAUCUAAUCCCUGUAUACCCAAAUGAUGAGCAGAAUUAAACAGUAAUAUGAGGAAGGCAGUUUACAAACCUGGGAACUAAGGGCUGCAGAAGCUGAUAGCUGGCAAAGGGCAUCUGAAGCAGUGUGGUACAGAUCUACUUGUACCUCGGGCAGGGCUUGCACUCCUUGUGACUUGCAACUAACAACCCUACUGCUCUGCUCUUAUAGCACCUACUAUCAAUGAACCUACUCUGUCUUUCAUCAAAAUGUUGCCAGACAUCUCUUAGAGGUGAACUAGGGCUUUGUUAUUACACUUACUUCUCUGAGUUUCUAAUCUGUCCAUGCCAUGCAGCUAGAGGAAUGAAACGUCUCGUCAGUGGGAGCCCACCACACCAACCCACAAAGCCCAGCCAGGGAGCUAUUGCCUGUGAUGCUUGCAGUGGGAAAAAACAGAUGUGAAUCAAGAGGCGGUAGGUUGUUUUGUUUUGUUGUUGCUUUUGAUCAGUCUUGCAAUUCUGGAGGCUGAAAUAGGAUGGAGAUCUAAAAGACAAUUGGAUGGCUGUCCUAGCUAAACUAUUGAAAAUGGGGCUCAAGAGAAACAUUUUUCCAGUUUUGUAUGUGGCCUUGGGGAACACUUAAGAACUUACAGAACUAAUUCUGUGCUGUUUCCUGCAUCCCUUGCUUCUGAAGGGUGUGUUGCGUGGAUGUAAUCACUGGGUCAUAAGUCUCCAACAAAUGCUGGCAGUGCAUGUGCCUUCAGUAGGUGUGAGAUGAGAGAACACAUGAAUCCGUACUAGAAUGUACCAUGUACUGCUGAUAGUACAAAAACUGGCAUAAAAAAGAGCUUCAGAAGUACAUUUCUGCAGUUCCUCAGCCUGGCUGUUAUCAGGGAGGGUGAAAGAAUCAUGUAAGAAAUCUUAUUUCCUACUUAUUUCCUGCUUAUUUCCUACUGGCAUCACAAUCUUGCCACUGAUUGAUCACAGCUAACAAAUGUACUGUCCUCAUCAUUCUGCCUCAGAAUAUCUCACUAAAUAAUGGUUUGCCAUGUAAGAGCUCUCUUGCUCUUUCACACCUGUCUCCUACUCUUCUCCCUGCUUGACCACUUAACAAGCUCUUAAGCUUUCGUCCAUUCAGUACCAUCAAAACUCAGUCUUCCUGUUUGUAUAGCUAAAAACCCACGUAGAUUUAUGAUCUCAACCCUUGAUUACUUCUCUGCCUCUUUCCUUUUAUCAACCUUCCUUUCUGAGCUGUGUUUUUAAAUAUAUCUUAUGCUGUGUUAAUGCAUCCUAUUUCUCUUCAGCCUGAAGUGUUGUGGAUAGUCUUGUUUCACCGUCAUAUAGAACAGGUCUUAUUUAUAGCUCCUUCUGAAUAAUAGCAAUGGAUGAUUUUAACAUAGAUGAUAGUGUAAGUUCUCCUGAGUAGCUAGAGCAGACCAUUAUUAACAAGGACAUUUUUAGACCAUUAUUAACUAACAAAAGACAUAACAGUUUUAAAAGGAAUUUUGAAACCAUUUAAUAACACAGGAACUAGAAAAAAAUAUCAAGCCGAUAGAAGCAAUUUGAUGGUGUAAUCAGAGAGAAAUGGAGGUAUACAGUCAUUGCUUAAUGAACUAGCUUUGCUUUUAUUUAGAAGGAAAACUGUUUUCUUCAUUUGUUUCAGUUUUAAUCUUUUAUGUAUCUUUCUAUAUCAACGCUCCGUAAAAUCACCAUUAAUUAUGAUUUUCUUUGAUGGUUUUACUUACAUCAGCAUUUCCUAACUUCACAUAGUUUUAGCCUUUUCUUUAAGUUUUUUUGUUUUAUUUUGUUUUUGAGCAAGUCCUACUUGUUACUUUUACUGAGAAAUGCAUGAGUAUAUGAUUCAAGAGAAGUCACAUUUGACUCACAGAAGCAGCAUAAGCUAUCUGCUUUAGUUUAAAUGGAAAAACCCCAGGUCAUUUUUGUUACGUUCUUCACCGCUUUCUUUAGAGCAUGAGAUUUAGAAAGUCUGUUUUUUAUGGAAACUGGAAAACAAAAGAAGUCUAAUAACCUGUAUGUGUUUUUCAGCUCAGUUUCAGGACACCUUUACUGAUCCAGAGACCAUUUUCUGCCUUACCAUAGUGCACACAAAGUCCUUUCUAACCUAUCCAGUGUUUUUUAGCAGUUGAGUCUGUUAUUCUGAAGGAGGGGAAAGCUUUUCAAAGACACUAUUUUUCACCUUCUUAACCAUUUUAAGGUAGUUUGAUGGUUGUAGGAAACCAUUAAAAUCCUUAUAGCAACUCUUAGGAAUUGCAACCAGCUAAAUAGUGUUCUCAACUCUUAAACUUCUUAUCUAGGCUGAUAAAUGAGCAAACUCAAGGGUUUUGCACAGGUAACUAUUACUUGCCACUGACAAUAUUUAUCAUGUAGAAAAGUUGUUAUCCACUGUAAUGUCAUAAGGAAGUGCUCUGGGAACUUUGAAAGCAGAUGUUAUUAUAGACAGAUGAACUGCUAUAGAUUAAGGUGAUAACUAGUUCUGUUUCAGUAGCUACAUAGUGUUUUCAGCAGCUUUGUGAAAUAUUUUGAGGUGGUAUAAUGGUGUGUGUUAGUUAUGUGAUUUCCAUCGUUUGAAUUUGCUGAUGUAGAACUGUGCUUGUUUGUAGUUUUCAGCAUAAUGCUUCAGGGUUGGUUUGUGAAACUGAGUAGUAUAGUAGUGCCCGAUGAAAAAAGAACUGAGGAAGCAACAAUUCUCUGAAAGCCUGUUUAAACCCUGAACACAAAUUUCAAGGUAUGCAUGUUGACAGAUAGAGUAAAUGGUUGCAGUCCUUGGCUGGAGAGGAUGGAUGGGACCAGGACAGUCCCAAGGAACCCCUGCCCCAACUUGAAUGUGGUGAACCAAGGACUUGCAGUUUGCUGCUGCAAGACUUGUUUUGGAACUAUUUCUAAUAGAAGAGUAUGCAGGAGAUGUGCUUCAGUCGAACCCUUGUUAAUAUUUUCUUAAUUAGCCCAGUGAAAGUCAAAACAGUGGCAAUAAAUAAAUAAAAAUAAAUAGCCCCAGAGUUUUCUGAUCAGAGAACCUCCUAGGUAGUACUUGCUGCAGUUUGCAUUCAUAAAACUUUUGUCCACGUAACACUAGAAAUAACUUCAGGGAGCAAAGGAAGAUUUUCCUCUCCCCCAUGCCUCAUGAAUGACUGAAAGGGACAGGAUUUGCACUUAGUUUUAAAAAGAACUGGCCUUUAAUAUGCGUGCUGAGAUUGAGUAAUUUUCUUGAACAGAACCGGUUUCUACUUGAUAAGUCUUCAUUCUGCUGUGCUGGCCUUCAGACAUCUGCCUACCUUAUUCCUUUGAGUAUCUAUGUUUCCUUGGUGACAGCAGAAGGAAGCAGAUCAAGGACUAAAUGGACUGUAGGGAUGGCCUGACAGUUCUGCUUUUCCAUUGCUUCUGCAUGCCAGAGCAAGGCUUUUGUAAUUCCUUUUCUCCUCACCUUUCCCUACCUCUGUCUCCAAGUCAGUUUUAAGUGUUUGCAGUGAUAAGCCCCAUCAAGCUGCUGAUCUUUUAAGCAGAGCUCCAGACAGAAAGGUCAUUAAAAUGUCAGUGACACAGUAUGUUUUCCAUGCCUUGCUUUGGGAUGUAACAAUUUAAUACCAGGCUUUGCCUCGAGUAUCUGCUGAGACCCUUAAUGAUCUUCCUACUUUCAAGUGAACUGGUUUCCUCUAAUAGAGAGUUUGCCAAAAUCCUCAGCCUCUGUAGAUGUCUUGUGACUUACUGAUGUCAGAUGGCCAUUUUACAUUUUAUGUAUUGUAAUUUAAUGUUGAUGAGUAGUUCAGCACCAACAUAACAUUUUCUCAUUCCCUUUCCUCAAAGAGCAGGGGGAGAAAAUAGUAAAAAAGACUGAAGGAGAAGGACAGGGAGAUUGUUCCCCAGUUGCUGUCAUGGGCAAAAGAAGUGUAGCGUAAGACACUGAAGCAAUUUGUCGCCAACUAAUAACAGACCAGAGCAAUGAGAACUAAAAGCAAACAAACUGAACCACCAUCUUCCCAUCCAUAUUCUUUGUUCAUCUCCCCACAAAUGCCACAGAAGAACAGUGGACAGUGGCUGCUGUGGUCAGCCGAUAACACUAUCCCUGCACCUCUCCACGGUCACUCUCCGCCCCUGCUGCACGUGGGUCCCUCCCAUUGAUGCCAUCCUUCCCAAUCUGAUCCUGCAUAAGCCCCCCAGGCAGCAGCUCUCCAAGCACCACUUCUGCACCGUGCCACUCUUCAGGCACUGCUCCCCCAGCCCUCGUGCUGCCCCAUGGGCCGCUCUGCCUGGGCUGCAGCUCCAGCCCAGGGCUGCUUCUGUGUGGUACCCACAGCUGUACCUCCUCCAGGCCACAUCCACACCUGCAUCAGGGGCUCCUUCAUGUCCACAUGUGGAGAUGCACUCCAUGCAGUGCCCACGGGCUGCAGAGAGCUGCUGCUCAGUUGUUGGAGCAUCUCUCAUCCUCCUGCCCCAUCCUCAGAGCACACAGAGCUGCUUCUCUCACACAGCUCGCUGUUCUCUCCCAGCUGCUAUCCAGUGACAACUUUUCCUUUCCUAAACCUGCUGUUCAAGAGUGCAAUCAGCACUGCUCAUGGCCCAGCUCUGGCAACACUGGGUCUUUUCUGGAGCAGUUGAAGAUGUCUCUGAUCUGACAUGGGACAGUGCUGGGCCCUGCUCACAGAACCCCUGCAGCACUGCUGAUACCAAACCUAAGUAGAUCAUUUGAGUUACAUACAGAGAGCGAAGGGAACUAUUAAAGGCUUGUCCUGGUGGUUAGGCAGGACAGGACACUUUGACACAGAAGUCACCAAGCCAAAAACUGCUGAAUCUGCCCUACAGAUUCCAGUGUUAAACUCUACUGAAACAGGAGGAUUUGGAGAGUCACAGGUCCAGCAAGAUCACCCAAGCAGAAUAAAGAACAGUGGCACUACAUAAGUCACUAACCAACCUAGGGUGUAGUUAGAAAACACUGAUACUGUGAAUUGCAUUGCUCUGGUGCAUAAAACUCUGGUGCUGGACAGAUGGCUUCGCACAGCUAACAUAGAACGUACGUCUUCAGAUCCAGUUGGACUGUCCUGAAUGCUCAGGCAGCUGCUGUAUGCUUACAAGUUGCUGCUGGCUCAUGAGUUGUCAUCUCAGUACAAUUUGAUUUCUUCAGUAUCACGGGUCUGCAGCAGCAAGAGAUACAAUGUUUGUUAUGCCACAAGUAGUGGAACUUACUGAGUCCAAACAAGUUACAGAAGAUGAAGCAGCAUAAAGCAUGAAGUAGCCUGCAAGCUCAAGCAUGGCCAUGACAACUUAGUCUAUAGAAGGCACUAUGCUUGUCACCUCUCUAAUAAAUAUGCAAUUCCUCUAUUUCCAAGAGAAUGUGAUUUCUCUUAUCUUUGAACUGCUAUACACCAAGGACAGGUCUCUUCGUCUGCCAUGUGAAGACAGGAGUUACUGUUCUACAGAGAAAAGGAAUAUAAUUGCAGAGUAGAACAUUGUCAGCUAGGAGACUAUCCGUCAAAUCAGAGGUGUAUUUCUGCAUUUGCACUCCCAGUCGUGGCAGUAAAUUGAAAGCUUUGGUUCUCUGUUUUCUUGUUAAGUAGAUCAAUUCUCAUAUUCUUUUGGGGCACAUGAAAUGGCAGUAUUAGAUUACUAGCCAUCAGUAAGAAGGGCCUAUAUCUUCUCUCAUUAAUUGGCUGGUACACAUUGUAAGAAUCCAUCUUGAGUAUUUUUCUCAGUGGGAAAUCAUAGUUUUGUUCUUACUAGAUCUUUUAUUUUGGCUGCUGCAUUUUCAAACAGCAUGCAACAUAGAUAAGGGAGAUCCCAGCUGAAAUCUUCAGGACAGCUUUUCAUAUGUUUUCAAAAUUUGUAUCACACUCUCAUAUUACCUAUCACGGUAUUUGACAGAACCAGGCUCUUUCCAAUGGUGCCCAGUGGCAGGACAAAGACCACAGGAUGAAACACUUUGCUGUGUGGAUGACAGCAAGCGCAUUGCAGUGGAUGAUGGAUCAGUGUAACACAAGCGUAUGGAAUUGGUUUUGGAGGGGGGGGGAGUGGGAGGGAUUUAUCAGGGCAGCUUAGAGCAGUGCAGGACCACUUUGCCUCUUGCCCUUUCACACACCCACACCCCUUUCUAGACUGUUUGUGGUUAUAUUUACUGUCCCUUAGUCCCUAGUGAUAGCAUCAAGGUUGGAUGCUGUUCUUGAAUCAACAAUUAAAUUCUCUCUGUUCUAACACCAUCAGGAGUAAAUUGCUAGCUAAUCACCAAGGAAAAGAGAUUUGCAGGACAAGUUAUUCUGGGACAAGUGCAGCUAGUAAAGACAAGUUUUUAAUGGCUUUCUCACCUAUUUGGAAUUUCAUAUGUUCAAUAAUUAGUGAACUUCUUAGUAUUUUCCUAUAUGAAGUCACUACUAGGCUGUCUCUCCUAUGGCUAUUUACAAGUUCUUAUGAAAUUAUAGGUCUUUGAAGCAUCUGUCUGUAGUUUAAUUGCAACAGACUCAAACGUUAUGUGCAAGGGAAGGGCUACGUAUAGUUUAAUUACAGGAAAUGAAAAUGAGAGUUGUGUCAGGCUCUCCUCUUGUGUAUGUCCUAAACAGUCAAAAAGGCAAACAGCCUAAAGGCAGCUGUGAGUGUAACCACAUCUAUUCCCCUCACAGCAGUGGGGUGACUGGGGCUUCCGUAAGGCCCUAUAUGUGCAACUGCAUCGUGCUCUGCACCACAAGCGCAGUGCAGAAUGUCUCCAGAGACCACAGCUGUAGUAAAGAGAAGUGGCUGUAUUUCAUUUGUUUUCUUAGAAGUGUACAGCCAUGAAUAACGUGGUAAACUGACAUAAGCCAAGGUAGCAGCUCUUGACUUCUAGAUCUGCCAGUAGUCACAAGAAUGAAUAUAGUCUCAAAUUAUUCUGUUACAGAGGUAUUUAUAUGUUUAGCUGUAGGUUUAACGUGUCUUUAUUACCAUGACACAAGGCACAGGACAGUCUGGAUUUAAGAAAAGUUAUGGGCAUUAUUUUUAAUGUUUCUGGGUGCCAACAAACAUCAGCGAACAUUUCUGCUCUUUUAUAAUAAGCUAGUUCAGACAUAGCAAAAGAAGGAAGGUUUAUUUUUGAAAACUAUGAGUAGUAACAACAUAAUGGUUUCGUUAUCUAAAUUUCAGUCACAACAAGGACAAAAAAAAAAAAAUCCCUCUUGUGCAUGCUGAAGAGCUUUUCAGUCCUGAAAAAAACAAUACCAUAUUCACACUAAUGUUUGCUUGCAUAAUAUAUUGACUGUAGACACACUGGCAGUUUUACAUAAUAACUUAAAAGCAGUCUUGAUCAUCUGAAAGGUUAUAAUUGUUCUUCCCCUUUCCUGAAAGGCUAAUGAAAGGACAACUAAAAAGCAGAACUAUAUAGUUAUUUUCUAACUGGCACUAACAAAUUUAACCAAUUAUAGAGUCCAUUCUGUAAGCAAUGAAUGUAUGGCUCCCAAUUAAUCUAGUGUACCUCUAGGCAAGGUCUAAAUCAGCUGGAUACAGCUAAAGCAAUUUGCACACAGCUAAAAGCAAAUUGGAAAAUAAGUGUUCAUGCUACUGCCUAUCUUCCCAAGCCAAAUACACAAUGGUAUGCUGGCAGCAGUGCUCUGUCAUGUUAUUUGCAGCUAUCAAUUUUAAUUAUAACAAUUAUUGAUUAGUUGGGAAAGUGAAUAACCUAAUGUUCAAAUGAGAUUGGCACGGCUUCUGGGGAUCUUUCUUCCCUUUCAUGCAUAAGUCUGUGCAGCAUUAAGAAAUACUAAGAAGAUACCUGCUUCACUUUACUGAGCUUAGCUAACUGUGAAGUUGCAGCAGUGAUUUUUGUUGUUAUUUUUGUUUACAACACAAGUUGAUAAGAAUUGAACAAGGGCUCAGUUCAGGACUGCAGGCCAAAAAUUCCAAAUGUAGGCACGUACCUAUUUUCUUACUUAACCACCCAAGCAAAUGAGCUGCUUUGUACAUGAAGAGUGCUUCUUUUGCCCAGUGAUUCCAGCUAUUUGCUAGCCUACUUUUAGAAACAAGCUGCUUCUUUUUGUAGAACAGUGCUUCUCUUGGAAGAGAGAAAAGAGGAAAUAGUCCAAUCCUAGACGCACUGAGGGUUGUAUGAAUUUCAGCUAAAUAGAGCCAAGAGGAGUAUAUCCAGAAUGGAACAGGGUUUCAACCACAAAGGCUGAACAAAGGUCCAAGUUUUUGGUGCAAUGCUCUCCUUUGCUAUGUUGCUCAAGACUCAGUAUUCACAUGGCGUGAUCCAGCAGGCAGACAGCUACUGAGCACUGCAUGCCAAAGACUCCCUCCAGGAGCAUUAUGGACUGCUUUCUCCAAAGCUGGUGGGCAAAGGGAUGUUUCCCUCCAUGACUCAGUCUUUUCCAGAACUGAAACCUGUAGCUAUUGGGGCAGCUUAAUUGGACAACAAGACUUCUCCACUGGAUCAAGAGCCAGAGAGCUUGCUAACAGCUCUUGACGUCAGAGAACACAAACAAAGCAAAAAAUUUCGAAGGUGUUGGAGUGAAUCCUGGAUGUGCCAAUCAGGGGAAUGGCCGUGUCUUGUAACAAACAGCUUCCUGAGAGAAAAAAAGUGGCACCGUUCAGUAGACAUGUGUGUGUCAUUAUCUGAUCACCUUCAGCGUAUGUACGCAAUGGAUAUGAUAUCUCCUGCUCUGUAUCUUGUGUUUCCAAGAUCUUUUGCUCAGUGUCAGGACUUAGUAUUCUCAUUCAAAUUAUUUUACCCCAUAUUCCGAAGCUUACAGCAGGCUCUGCUCAAUCUUAUAAAGGUGUGCUUAAAGACAGAGCCCUGUCCCAGCCUUUUUCUUAUUCCUUUUUUUCUCUUCUGUUGCAUUAAGGGCAAAAACCAAAUAGCAGUUUCCUGCUUAAUAAUAUUUAACAAUUUAGCAUUGUUGUAUCACAGAACCAUUAAAAAUUACAGUUUACAGUCCCUUAGCUGGCAUAGGACAGUGCAAUUCAGUUUGUUAGGCCAGGAAUUGAUAGUCUCACAGCUUCUCAAUUAUUUAAAACAUAGUAUUAAUAUUAAAAUUGCUGUGCCUGUCCAUAACUUUGGGAUCAGAAACAUUCUCCAAAGAACCAUGCUCCCACCUACAAUAAGUGCUUUUCACUUCAGAUUAAUAUGUCUUCAUUUGCCCUGUCACUGUGCAGACAGAGUGCACCUCAAGUCAACUGAGGUCAAGUAGGAGUCCAACUAGGCAAAUUAUUUUUACAUUUAGAGAACGUGAGGUCAGUGCACUUGGGGGGAUUUGAGCACCAAAAAAGGUGUAGAUGUAGGAUUUUAUGGAUUUCCAUAAGUACUAUCACAGUGCAAUCCAGGGUAGUUAGGUAGUUAGGCAUCUGGCAACUGUGCUUGAAUGCUCUUGAAAAUGCUUUUGAAAAUGCAGCUGCAUUUGCACCAGCAAUGUUCAGACAUUGUUGUUUUCUCCCUCUCCUGCUGCCUCAGGUCUGCUGAGAUGUCACCCUAGCAGUAAGAUGCAAAACUAUAAAGUGCAGUAGCCUGCAGGACAGCUGGGAGCCAUUCUGCUGACUAAGGCUCUGGGAGGCCAGUGACCCAGGAUGGGUGGCACCAUGUCCACUGAGUGCUGGGGACCUGUUUGCUUGGCAGUCUGUGCUGCAUGACAGAUAAAAGAAGUCAAAGUGAAAACCAGAGAGCAUUAGACAAACCAUCUCCUGGUUGGCUUGAGGUGGCCACAAGCAAAUACAUGGGAAAGAGCGAGAAGAAACCCAUCUAUGCCAGUAUUCUCCCACCUUCUGACAGUUUUCUCACCCCCUUUAAUUUUUUCUACAUAAUUAUGUACAAACUUUGAAUUCAGAGUGCUAGCUCAUUCUCCUGUUGGAUGCAAUAUGAACUUCCUGAAUUCACAGUGUUCCUUGCCAUGGAUUUUCCACAUGUACUGCACAUUGCGUGGAGACCUGCUGACUGCGAUGCCUGUUACCUUUAUUUGACAAACAUGGACUCUUGAACUGAAAAUCACAGCAUACAGUUUCUCUAAUCACCUUCCUUCUGUGUCUCUUGUGAUCUUUAGACUUAAAUGUGUUUUCUCUUAAGUGCUCUUUUUUUCACACUGACAGCCAAACUAAUUGUUGUGGGGGUUUUUUUGUGUGUUUGUUUUGCUUUGUUUUGUUUUGUUUUCCCUGUUUUCCUUUUCUCCUCUGUAUGGAGUCUUUAAAUCAUCCUUGUCACCUUCUUGAACAUUCUCUGAAUGUCAUUUACUAUUGUAGAGGCAAAUAUCCAUCUUUCCAUUGUGAGAACUCCCCAUUUAUUUCCAUCCUUUACCUCCUGGGUUUUAGGCAGUUACAUCUCUAUUUGUGCAUUUAUUCUGGUGAAUUACCUUAAAAAACAUAGUGUAGUAGUUUCAGAAUUAAUUUCUUUUGUGAAGGAUCAUGUGAUGCUGCAUUUUGGAUUUGUGUGAAAAGUGGUGUUGCAAACUCAACAAUACUUCUGUUAUUGGAGAGCAGUAGUAGCACAGAGCCAAGGUCUUUUCUGCAUCUGGUGCUGCCCUGCCAGCCAGGAGCUGGGGAUGCACAAAGAGAAGGGAGGGGAUACAUCAAGGACAGCUGACCUAGACUGGAUGAUGGGAUGUCUCAUACACUAUCAUGGGAGAGGUGCUCAAAGUGAAGCGUUUGCUUUCCCAAGAAACCACUAUGUGUGAUGAGCCGUGCUUUCCUGGAAUUUCUGCCUGUUGAUGGGAAGUAUUGAAUGAAUAUCUUAUUUUGCUUUGUGUGGCUUUUGCUUUACCUAGUAACCUGUCUUUAUCUCAACCCAUGAGUUCUUGCACUUUUACUUUUCUGAUUCUCUCCCUCAUCCCACCUGGGGUGAGUGAGGGAGCGGCUGGGUAGCAGCUGCCUGCUGGGUUAAACCAACUCAGUAUAAGGCACGAAAGGUUUGAGGUGAUGACAGUUUUAAUUGGAGUGUAGAGAUGUUAUAGCUGUUUAGCUGCUAAUUGGCAGGUUCCUGUGCUUGUCGUGGGGCUUGCUUGCCUUAUUGUAUGCUAGAGUUCAGUGCUUGUUAGUGACUGCUUUUGCUUCUGCCAUUUGCUGUACUCCCUUAGCAUCUUGUUUUGCUGUGCCUGGGAACAUUUGGUAAUAGUAUGUGCCUGGGCUGUCAAAUGGAUGGGGUAUCACUGCUUUUCCUGUGCUGCUGUAUUGGACAGGCUAGGAUUCCAGUAUGAGCUUGAGUCAGAAGAACUGUGGCCCAUGGAUGAGUCCACAUGGAAACAUGUACAUCUUAGUGUGUCUGUGGCUAUGGUACAGCAGGUGCACCUUGUAGUGUUCAUGUCUGUGGAUAUGGUCAUACCAGAAUACUUUGAACCAUUUGUCUGAGUGGAUAAGAACAUUAUACAGUAGUUAUCUGAAGGUUCUAUGGCCAACGGGUGAAGCCAUGCCGGAGUAGGUACACUUUGAAAGGAUUGUAGUCAAUGGACACUUCCAAACUGGAAGGGACAAGGAGAGAAGUUCUUUGCAAUGUUAAAUGCUUUGGCUUGAUUUGAACAGUCAAGGAGUGGAGAUUGUAAUAGUAAUAAUAAGUCUAAAUUGUUGUAACUCUUUAUUUAAGUUACACGUUAUAAGGACAUUCUGUAGCAGGAACCACUUGAAUCAAUGGAAGAUGAACCUCACAAGGAGCAGUGCAAGUACAGCAGUGACUCAACAUGAAUUGUCUUUGGCACCCAGUAACUCCAUGCAACACACUGCUUCUCCUGUCCUGAGCAUCCACCGAAACAGACAGAAGCUAAGUCGUGGACUAAAAGAACUCAGUGGACAUUUUAUGGAUGUGAUAUAUCUGUGUAUCAACUGAAAGGUUGUAACUAAUGAGAAUGUAUUGGAAAGUGUAGGACAUGAGCAUGACGUGAGUGAUAUGGAAUAAGGGGUGGAUAUUGUCAUAGUUUUGUCUGAAAUUGAGUCUUUUUUUUUUUUUUUUGUAAAGACUGAUUUUAUGUUUUUUUCUUGUUUUUUUGUUUUCAAAAAUAGUGGGGAUAAAUCAACAAUAUUUUAGUUGUUGCAAAGCAGUACUUACACAGAGCCAAGGACUUUUCAGCUUCUCACAUCACCCUGCCAGUGAGGAGCUGGAGGUACACAAGAAGCUGAGAGGGAACACCCCAAUUGAUCAAAGGGAUAUUCCAUACCAUGUAGUGUCAUGCUCAUCAAUAAAAUACUGAGUAAAUAAAGAGGGAGGGUGGGAUGUUGGGAAUAAUGGAGUUGUAUUCCCAAGAAACCAUUACAUGUAAUGAGCCCUGCUUUCCUGGAAGUGGCUGAACAUCUGCCUGCCAAUGGGAAGUAGUGAAUGAAUUCCUUAUUUUGCUUUGCUUGUGCACAUUGCUUUUGCUUUACCUAGUAAACUGUCUUUAUGUCAACCUA